GGGGGAAAAAAGCAGUUAGAAACGGCGAUGCGAAAGCGGGAGGGACUUAAUCCAACGGCCACGAUUUCAUCUCUUUCAAUUCGGGAUUUGUGUCUCUGAAGAGCCGGGAAUAUUAGAGCCGAUUACUUCGUCUGAGAGAAAGUGAGAAAAAAAAGGGGUCUGAAAUCGAAGCAGCGAUGUCGGACUAGGAGCACCACUUUGACUCUAAGGCCAACGCCGGAGCGUCGCCUCAGGAAGCUUGAACCAUUCGCAGAAAUGGCUACAUCGUAAUCAAUAACAGACCCUGCAAGGACUCAUACCAAUGGAGAUGUAUUUCUUACCCAUAAACCUAUGAUCAACUCCUUAAUUAGCCGAUGUGGGACUCCUCUCCCAACAAUCGUGGAUAUAAUCUUCAUGCUGCAUUUGUCUUCUUGGUUAACAAAACGUCUUUGAAGCAUUAACAAUUGCCACAAGGUUUUGAAGUAGAAACUUCAACGACCUGAAAUGAAGGGAGAUAGAAAAAAGUGAUGAUAUAUGGCAGCCAAAAUAUGGCACUUUGUGGCAAUUGACAUAUUCAAUGGGAAGAUACUUGAAGUAUUUGUUCCUUCUUCUCAGAAAUACGAUGUUCCCUAUGUUUAUCACACCGACUAUCAUCUGAUUGAUAUAUGUGAGGAUGGUUUUGUCAGUCUCCGUUCUGAAAAUGGAAACAUCAAGGAUGGUCUGAGGCUCCCCAAGGAUGAAAAUCUGCGUAGGCAGCUUAAAGAGGGGUUCGCUCAUAGAAAAGAUCUUGUAGUAACUGUCAUGUCUGCAAUGGGAGAGGAGCAGAUCUGUGCUCUCAAGGACAUCGGUCCUAGAAGUUAAAACACAAAGCUAUGGUUACACCUGAUGGCUCAGAAUCACCCCAACCAAAAGUUCUAUCAAGUAUGUUUAUAUGUCAUAAAACCAUAUUCUCAGCAAGGUACUUCAAGCUAUUGAUCCUUGCACACUGCUGAAAGGAUACAUACAUGUUUUACUUUAUAUAGUACACUACUUAUAAAAUGUAUAACCCCCCCUGUUUUCUAAGAAGCCCUUUGAAUAAGAUCUUGGAUUCUAGUAGGAAGAUAAACAAACAGGUUUUCUGGUCUUUUGGUCUCUUUCUUCUUUUGUCUAGAGGUUGUUAUUAAGGUCAUUGAAGCUCAUCACCAUCGAGUGGCUGUUGUUUCCUUGAAAAAGGGCGAGGGCUUGGCCCGACCGAUAUGAAUGACUGUAAUUAUUGUCAUAAAGGCAAACAACACAUAGUAAUUGGAUGCAUGUCACUGACAAGCUGCUGAACCACACAAUUCUUUAUACUUC